CACAUACACACCCACCCUCAAAAUCUGCAUCUAACCUUCCAAUCACAACACCAUGGCAACGUCAGCCACCACCCCCAACACCCUCCUCCUCAAAAACCCUACCGCACGCGCCACCGUCAAGCCCUCACCCACCCACGCCUUCCCAACCCCACGUGCCACCGCCAAACCCCUCUCCAUCAAAUGCCAACACUCUGCCACCACUGCCGCCCCUGUAUCCCCACCCACCACCUCCACCGACCGCCUCUUCAACUUCGCCGCCGGUCCCGCCACCCUGCCGGAAAACGUCCUCUUAAAAGCCCAAUCGGAGCUCUACAACUGGCGCGGCGCCGGCAUGAGUGUCAUGGAGAUGAGCCACAGAGGCAAAGAGUUUUUAUCAAUCAUUCAAAAAGCAGAAUCAGAUCUGAGAAAAUUACUCGACAUCUCCGAUGAUUACGCCGUCUUGUUCCUUCAAGGCGGCGCUACCACCCAAUUCGCUAGCAUCCCGUUAAACAUAUGUAAACCGGAAGAUCCGGUUGAUUACAUCGUCACCGGUUCAUGGGGCGACAAGGCGUAUAAAGAAGCAACAAAAUAUUGCAAACCUAAAGUAAUCUGGACCGGUAAACCGGAGAAAUACACCGGGUUACCGGUUUUUGAUGAGUUGGAUCAGAGUAUUAACGCAAGGUAUUUGCAUAUAUGCGCCAAUGAAACUAUUCACGGUGUUGAGUUUAAAGAUUACCCCACUGUAAAAAACAAAGAUGCGGUUUUGGUAGCUGAUAUGUCUUCUAACUUUUGUUCAAAACCGGUUGAUGUUUCGAAAUUUGGGAUCAUUUAUGCAGGGGCUCAGAAGAAUGUGGGCCCAUCUGGGGUUACAAUUGUGAUUAUAAGGAAAGAUUUGAUAGGCCAUGCUCAAGAAAGUACUCCGGUUAUGUUGGAUUACAAGAUCCAUGCUGAUAAUAAUAGUUUGUAUAAUACGCCACCGUGUUAUGGGAUUUAUAUGUGUGGGUUGGUUUUUGAGGAUCUGUUGGCACAAGGUGGGUUGGUGGAGGUUGAGAAGAAGAAUGUGAAGAAGGCUCAGAUUUUGUAUGAUGCGAUUGAUGGGAGUGGCGGGUUUUAUCGGUCGCCGGUUGAGAAGUCGGUUAGGUCGUUGAUGAAUGUGCCGUUUACGCUUGAGAAGGCGGAGUUGGAAGGGGAGUUUGUGAAGGAAGCGGCGAAAGAGGGGAUGGUUCAGCUUAAGGGGCAUCGGUCGGUUGGUGGGAUGAGGGCGUCGAUUUAUAAUGCGAUGCCGUUGGCUGGGGUUGAGAAGUUGGUGGCUUUUAUGAAGGAGUUCCAAGCUAAACAUGGUUAGGGUUUGGUGGUUUUAGGGUUUGUUUUGUAGUGUUUUGUUGUUUGCUUGUUCUGUUUUUGAUCUUUCUGUCGUGUUAUGUUACUAUGUGUCUUGUUUCUUGAUCUUGAUCUGUAUAAGUUGCUUGAUACAUGGGUUGGAUUGCAACAAGAAUCUUUAAGUUGCUUGAUACAUGAAUUGGAUUGCAAUAAGAAUUUUAAAGUAGUUUUGUUCAGUCA